UCGCAAACAUACUGACGGAUUAAAUGAGACAACGAACACUAUGAAGUCAUCUCAGGGCAGAAAAAAGAGGGUACAACCUAGACCCGCUGCACAUAUUAGUCCGAAACGACCUCGAGUUCAUCAACGAUCAUUUUACCAAAUGUGAGAAACAGAUCAUGCCCCAGCUUAAACGAGAGUGUCAUCAUACUCAACGAGGUGGUGGGUUCGAUAGACGAAGUUCCUAUCAAGCCUAUCUCCGCUCCAGCUGAAACGAACCAGUUGGGACAUUGCGACGACUCCGUUAUUGUCUUGAGUGACAAUGAAAGCGAAACUGAGAAAAAUGAGAGGAGCACACAUGAAAUUAUGCUGGAUGAUGUGUCGGCAGAAAAUUCAGAACUACCAGAGGCGACGAAGGUUCAAAAAAUUAUUCCAAGAAAGACUGUUCGACCUGCAUCAUUCCAGAUCUGCAGUCCCAGGCCUUUGGGUAAUCGAAAAAGGGGCAAGGUGGAAAUGAAACUCUUGGGUACAAGACCUUCAACAUCCAAGGCGAACUGGACUAACUUAAACACAAUAUCGGCUGAUCUUGGAAUCUGGAGUACAACUUCAAACAAUAAUUCAACCAGAUGUAACGCACAGGCAAAGAUAAAAACUGUCGACAACUUUUCUGCAAUUAAAAAGAAUGACUCAUUUUCAUCCAAAUCCAAAUGCAACGACAAAAGAGUUUGCACAGUUGUGCCGACUAACGUGCUAUCUUCAGAAUCGUCGAGUCAGGUGGUCGAAACACAAGAUGAAGUCAUCGUUGUUUGGACACGACCUGAAAAUCUCCGUACAAACUUACCAGAGCACGCCACGCUCGGUUGUACUAAAAAAUUGAAAGAAAAAUUGAAUCCUCAGACCCACUUCAUCGACACUAAGGAGGACUCUACUACCUUGCACUGUUUGAAUGCAAAGAGUGAAAAUGAAAGAGAGAUUCGUCACAGAAAAGAAAAGCAAUACAAUCCCAAUUUGGCAAUGUCUAUGAAACAUGGAUCCCACCAAAAUUUGCUGCCUGGAUCAUCCAGCGAGCAGCCAAAGCAGUUGGAAGUCAAUGGAAUGACCAGCUACUACACCGCGGAAACCACCCCCAAGAUACCCGGAAGUUUGCGAAACAUCGUAAUUGAUGGCUGCAAUAUUGCCAUAGCGUAUAACAAUAACAAGGGGUUUUCAGAAGAUGGGUUGAAGCUGGUGAUAGAUUUCUUUCAGCUACGUGGCCAUAUCGUGAAAGUCUUCAUCCCGCAUCAUGAAAGGUGCAGGUCGCGCCCGUUGCUGGAAAAACUUUAUAAGGACGGUGUUGUCGUUUUCACACCUAGUCGAUUCAUAGGGGGCAGAAGAAUCAGUUCGUACGACGACAGGUACAUUCUGGACUACGCCACCAUGUGCGAGGGGAUAGUGGUGUCCCUGGAUCAGUACCGUGACUUGUACAUGGAAAAACCCGAAUGGCAAGAUACGAUCGAGAACCGUCUGUUGGUGCCUACGUUUGUCGGGGACUGCGUCAUGUUUCCGGAAGAUCCUCUCGGAAGAGACGGUCCUAGACUCGACGAAUUCUUAAGGCACUAGUAGUAGCUGGACGAAGAAUAGACGUGCCUGGUUGAACGAAGAAAAGCUUGACCUGAUCUCCAAUUUAUACUACUCAUAUUCCUCCACGUAAUUGUCCAUCAUGUCGUGGAGAGCUAUAACCAACUACUAAGUUUUUCACACCCUUGUAAAUGUACUCGGAUUUAUUUCUUCGAAACGUCAAAGAGUUGCCGACGUAUUAUUUUCGUUAAACAUUAUUUCUAUACUUAAGUGUAUGUAUAUAUGUAUACAUACGUACAUAGCGCAUAACGGUUUGUCCACGUAGGAAUACCUGAUAGUCUACAUACCGAAACGGUUACGCAUAAUACUAUUUGAUAUUAUGUUCGUUAUUUCUUUGAUACAGUUUACUGAAUGUAAAAAAUAUUUGAUAAGAGAAACGAAGCAAAUUGUUAUUGAUACAAGAGCACUGCCAUUGUCCUCAUAAAGUUUAAUUUUCAAUAA